GUCACUUGCCAGAAUAAUGCCACUCUAUCUGAUGUGUGUGGCAUUUCUGGGGCUGUGGUGUCAUUUCAUUAUAUCGACAACUGGCAUCUCUUACCCGAAAACCCUGCCAUGUGAUGUUAGUGGGGCCAACAACGGGAGUGAGGUGAAGGUGGACUGCACUGAGAGAAGCCUCAAGGAAAUCCCCCCAGGCAUCCCAAGAGACACUACCAAUCUGACUCUCACCAUCAACCACAUUCCAAAUUUAAACUCAACCUCCUUCCACGGUCUGGAGAAUUUAACAGAGAUUGACAUGAGGUGCAACUGCGUGCCCAUCAAAAUAGGCCCCAAGGACCGCAUUUGCACAAAGAGUGUUACAAUUGAGAAAAACACCUUCAGUACACUGAGUAAUCUGCGGGCCCUGUAUCUAGAUGGAAAUCAGCUCUACAGUAUACCCAAAGACUUGCCUUCAAAUCUGAUCCUGUUAAGUUUGGAAGUGAAUCACAUUUAUUAUCUUUCUAAAGCAAACCUCUCUGAGAUCAGAAAUAUUCAGGUGCUUUACCUCGGUCAAAACUGCUACUAUCGUAACCCCUGUAACGUCUCCUAUGACAUAGAAGAUGCAGCAUUUUUACAGUUGAACAACUUAACAUUGCUAUCUCUUAAGUCAAACAACUUGUCCUUCAUUCCACAUCAACUACCCAAAAGUUUAAAAGAGCUGUAUCUCUACAACAACAACAUUCAAGAAGUCACAGAUGAGGAUUUCAAAAACUUAACAAACCUUGAGAUUCUUGACAUUAGCGGAAACUGUCCUCGAUGUUACAAUGCCCCUUUCCCAUGCAGCCCAUGCCCCAAUAAUGCACCACUUAAAAUCAGCAAGGAUGCUUUUAAAAAUCUAACAAAACUAAAAACAUUACGAAUGCACAGUAACUCCCUGACAUGUGUACUAUCUGAGUGGUUUCUCAGCACAAAAGAGCUCAGAGUGCUUGAUCUCUCAUCAAACUUUUUAGCAAGAGAUAUAGUAUCCACUCACUUUCCUCAAUUCCUCAACAAACUGGAAGAAUUGGACUUAUCAUUUAACUAUGAGCUUCAGCGCUAUCCUCAAACACUGAGUCUGAGCAGCAAUUUUUCUGCACUCGCAUCUCUUAAAAUUCUCCGACUGAAGGGCUAUGUGUUUCAGCAGCUAAAGCCAGAGAGCAUUGCUCCUUUAAAACAUCUAGAAAAACUAGAAGUUGUAGAUCUUGGUACAAAUUUUAUUAAAAUGGCAAACCUUAGCAUGUUGAUGGAAUUAAAAAGCUUUAAAAUAAUUAGUCUGUCUGACAACAAAAUAUCCUCUCCCUCUGAUGGCCAAGACACUGUGGGUUUCAGCGGAGAACAGCCCUUGCUGUGGUCUCCCAUGUCAGCUGCUAAUCAGUAUCAAAAUAAAGAAGUGAGAGAGAUCCAUUACUUUAGAUAUGAUGAAUAUGCGCGCAGCUGCAAAUACAAAGAUAAGGAACUUGGAAUAAUUACAUCCUUUGUCAACAAUAACUGCAGUAAGUUUGGUAAAACACUGGAUGUCAGCAGAAACAAUAUAUUCUUCUUGCAUUCGAGAUUUUUAAAUCUGAACGAGCUGAGGUGCCUUAAUCUGUCUGGAAACGCUAUGAGCCAAAGCCUGAAUGGUUCUGAAUUUAGUAAUUUGACAAAUUUACAGUAUCUGGACUUCUCAUGGAAUCGCCUGGACCUGCUCUAUGCCACUGCAUUUCAAGAGCUGAAAAAGUUGGUUAUCUUGGAUAUAAGUAAUAACAACCAUUAUUUUGAGUCAGAAGGCUUGACUCACAUGCUUAAUUUUACUAAGAAUUUAAAAAAUCUCAAGGUACUCCUGAUGAACCACAACAAAAUCUCUACUUCCACUAACACAGAGCUAGAGAGUGAAUCCCUUGAAAGGUUAGAGUUCAGAGAUAACCGUUUAGAUAUGUUGUGGAGAGAUGGGGACACUAGAUAUGUCAACUAUUUCAAAAAUUUAAUUAAUUUGACUGUCCUUGACAUCUCUCACAACAACCUCAAUGUUAUUCUACCAGAUGUCUUCCAUGGUCUGCCAGACAAGCUGUCUGAGCUCUACAUCAGAAAUAACAAACUAAAAUCCUUUGAUUGGGGCAAACUGCACCUUCUCCAUGUUUUACAAGUCCUCGAUCUCAGCGGGAACUUUCUAACUACGGUUCCACGCAUGCUGUCAAACUGUACAACAUCGCUUAAGAAGCUCAUUUUGCAUAAAAACAAAAUCUUUAAACUCACACCAGAUUUCCUAAAGGAUGCUUUUAGCUUAAAGUAUUUGGAUCUUAGCUCAAAUAUAAUUCACUACAUUGAAAAAUCCAGCUUUCCAGACGAGGUUGUUAAGCAGAUGGAUAUGUUGCUCCUCCACCAAAACAGAUUUCUGUGUACCUGUAAUGCCACAUGGUUUGUUAAAUGGCUCAACAACACCACAGUGAACAUUCCUCGACUGGGCACGGAAGUUACCUGUGCUGCUCCAGGUGCACAAAAAGGUCAUCCUGUGGUUUCAGUGGACUUGCUGGCUUGCCAACACUCCUUCCUGUCAAUCAUCCUCUACACCACCAUGACUUGCUUAAUCCUCAGCUUCCUCACCCUGUCCAUUUCCAGCCAUCUCUUCCUAUGGGACGUCUGGUACAUCUACCACUUCUGCAGGGCUAAACUCAAAGGCUAUGGCCGUCUGUAUUCCCAGGGUGCCCUCUAUGAUGCCUUUGUGAUUUAUGACAAAGAGGAUCCUGCAGUGUCAGAGUGGGUGAUGAAGGAGAUGUGCACUCAUCUGGAGGACCGCGGAGACCGCCGCAUGACACUGUGUCUAGAGGAACGAGACUGGGUUCCUGGAUGCCCCCUGAUUGACAACCUUUCCCAGAGCAUCCACAGGAGCAAGAGGACCAUAUUCAUUCUCACCAAAAAAUAUAUCAAAGAGGGAAAUUUCAGGACAGCUUUCUACAUGGCCAACCAAAGACUGAUGGAUGAUAAAAAAGAUGUAAUAGUACUGAUUUUCCUGGAAAAAGUGCCUUGCAAUUCAAAGUAUCUAAAAUUAAGGAAGCGGUUGUGUAAGAGGUCAGUGCUUGAGUGGCCAACAAAUCCUCAGGCACAGCCCUACUUCUGGUUCAGCCUGAGGAGUGUGUUAGCUACUGAAAGUCAGAAACAAUACAACAAUCUCUUUAAAGAAACAUUGUAAAUAGAG